CCCUGUAAGAUCUCUACCGGCGUACAGCAGCACAGGACAUGGCUACAGUCAACAAGUAGCACUUUAUUUUCCUGAACUGAAUGUCGGCUUAGUUGAAGUAGAAGUGCAGAAUGAUAACGGAUGUGUGUAGAACAAUAAGAAAAGCCAAUCUGAGGUUUAUACCCGCACUGGAUUACAUCUGAGCUGGAAAUGUAAAGUGUUCAACCUCAGAUCAGGACGCAGGGAAACUUCUACACCACCAACUUCUACACCAUCCUCUAAAAACAUCUACAAACUUAUUUUCUUUGCUGAAUUAACGGCCGCCGCUUGCUUGAAGAACACCGUUUGCGUCCAGUGCGCACUUUGGAAACCAAACAUUCCACUGGGAUCUAAACCUAUGCACAGAGAUGAUUUGUAAACCUUUUUCCACGCAUGCAGUUGUUUUUUCUGUCCUUGUGUUUGUGCUGAAGGCAGUCGGAGUUUCGGCGCAAGAGGACGAUGAGUUCAACGCCGAGACAUGGCUGAGGACCUACGGCUACCUGUCCCAGGCCAGCAGGCAGAUGUCCACCAUGCAGUCGGCGCAGAUUCUGUCCACUGCCAUAAAGGACAUGCAACGCUUCUACGGCCUGGAUGUGACUGGCCAAGUGGACGUCGCCACUCUGAAAUCUAUGAAGCGUCCACGAUGCGGUCUACCCGAUCGCUUCGAGGUGCUGAGUGAGGAAAGCGUCAGGAGGAAACGCUUUGCUCUGACGGGUCACCGGUGGGAUAAAGAUGAGCUGACUUACAGCAUUCAGAACCACCCACCCGGCAUCAGCCAGCAUCAGUCCCACGAGGCAAUCCGCAAGGCAUUUAGAGUCUGGGAGAAAGAGACUCCGCUGCGCUUCAAGCAGAUUCCUUACCAUGACAUCAAAAACGGCAGCGAGGGGCCAGAUAUUAUUCUGCUGUUUGCUUCUGGAUAUCAUGGAGACACGUCUCUCUUUGAUGGUGAAGGAGGGUCUCUGGCUCAUGCGUUCUUUCCAGGUCCAGGCAUCGGAGGAGACACGCACUUUGACAUGGAUGAACCGUGGACGCUAAACCAGCGGGAAGGAAACGGCAUCGAUCUGUUCCUGGUUGCGGUUCACGAGCUGGGACACGCGCUGGGACUCGAGCACUCAAACGACGCCUCGGCCAUCAUGGCUCCGUUCUACCAGUGGAUGGACACAGAGAGCUUCUUGCUAGGCGAAGACGACAUCAGAGGCAUUCAGCAGAUCUACGGACCCCAUGUGGAUGCACCGACAGAGUCUUCGAGCACCACCACAAUCCCGUCAUACACCACUACUACCACCAUCACCACUACCACCAUAGCCCAACCGGAACCUACGUCCACCACUACAGAGCCUUUAAAGACCAACAGACCUCCAGAAAGUCCCACCAAACAUCCAGAGAGACCCACCAGACCUCCUGAGAGAGCCACCAAGCCGUGGGUUCCUCCGGCUGAGCCUACACCCACUCGCCGCUCGGACCAAGAUGCCCCUGAUAUCUGCGACGGCGACUUUAACACGAUUACGGUGCUAAGGGGGGAGAUGUUUGUCUUCAAGGGUCGGUGGUUCUGGAGGGUCAGGAGGAACCGAGUUCUCGAUAAUUACCCCAUGCCCAUUUCUUUCUUUUGGGUCGGCCUGCCAGAAGACAUAGAUGCUGCAUACGAACGCCAUGAUGGAAAAUUUGUGUUCUUCAAAGGUAGUAAAUACUGGUUGUUCAGGGAAGCCGACGUGUUGCCCGGAUAUCCUCAGGAACUGAUGCACUACGGUCGCGGGAUGCCAGAUCAAGUUGACACGGCGGUGUGGUGGGAGCCAUCUGGAUUCACUUACUUCUUCAGAGGAGACAGAUACUGGCGUUUCAGCGAGGAGUCUCGGGCUGUGGAUAAAGAUUACCCACGACCCAUCAGUGUAUGGGGCUCCAUUCCUGCCUCUCCUAAAGGGGCCUUCCUUAGUGAUGACGGAGCGUACACAUACUUCUACAAGGGGACCAAAUACUGGAGAGUCGACAACAAGCGCAUGAAGGUCGACACGGGGUACCCGAGAUCCAUCUUAAAUGAUUUCAUGGGUUGCCAUGUUCACUUCGAUCCCGGCUUGGAUACCGAUAUAAAACCAGACCCUAAAUGGCCGGAGACAGGGGGAAAGGACCAAGAGGACAACACUGACGACUACAAAGACAACGAUGUCAACAAUGACGAUAGUGACAAUGACGAUGAUGACGAUAAUGAUAAAAAAGUGGUGGUGCAGGUGAAAGAGACUAACGACUACGUCAUGACCCUCAUCCUGGUGACGGUGCCUCUGGUCCUGGUGCUGUGCAUUCUGGCAGCGAUUUACUUCAUCAUCACCACGCUGCAGAAGAAGGAGACACCUAAAGUGCUGGUUCACUGUAGACGUUCACUGCAGCAGUGGGUGUGAUGCAUACGAGUGCACACAAGAACACUUUCUCUCUCACACACACAGACACACACACAUACACUCGCUGUUUGGUGUCCUCUUUCUGCACAUGUGCUGCGAUCGAAUACGUUUAGGAGAAGAAUUCACACGAACAGUCCGUUUUGCUGUUAUUCAUGAAUUUGGAAGGUAAAAAGAUCAGAGGUUGAGGAAACGUUGAUAUUCCCGAUGAUUUUGUUGCUUCUACAUGCACACGAUCUUUACAACAGCUACGUAGUCCUUAGCAUACAUAUUUUCCGAUUUAUGAAUAAUUUUCCAAUGGAACAUUUACCCGAGUAUACUAUUGUGUCCAAGCAGCUAUAACUAUGUUGCUAGGUAACAGAGUAAUUAUGGAUGCCUGCCAUGGAAGCAAGCUAAUGAUUGAGAACAGUUUAGCUUGCUAACACAUAUAAUAGAAAGGCAUUCUAACAGAGGAAAUGUGACACAAAUGCCGGGAAUAUAAACAUUUACCUCGGAUUACUUGGUUGGUUAACGAAGAAGAGACCCAAAGAUUAAAAUUAAACUGUAAUAACGAUUAACAUUAGCUGCUAUUAUAGACAGUAUAAAGGUCAACAUACCCACUGAGACACUAUUAGAAAUAUAAAAGUACCUAAAAUCCACAGAGAAACAUUUCUGAUCCCGGAAACAAGAUUCAUUUGUUAGGAAAUUGUAGGGAACAUAAACAUUUUCCUCAGAAAUGUCGGUAAAAUACUAAGAAAAGAUUCCAUGGCUUAAAAAAAACUGUAAAACUUAGCAUCAGUGGAUAUGAGGUAAUAUCGAUGCAUAGUGAAAGUGGAAAUGAGACGCAGUUGUAAUACAAUAUAAACACCUCAGAUAUUUUACGAAACUACAGUAAUUCCCCACAGAGUAAAAUGAGACUGUAAUUACGAUUAGCAUCAUCUGAUAUUACAGGCAAUAUGACGGUCAACAUAAUCACUGAGAAACUAUUAGGAAUAUAAAUAAUGUCCUCGGAUUUGUUGAGAAAUUACUGAGGAAAAAAACUCCAUGGAUUUAAAUUAGACUUUAGUAGCACUUAGCAUUAGCUGCUGUCAGAUAAUAUAAAGGCGUAUUGAGAGUGGAAACAGGAUAUAACCACCCAAAAACCUUCCUGAUACUGGAAAUUAUUCCACAGAUUAAAGUUAGACUGUAAUAACACUUAUUGUCAUCUGCAAGACAAUAUAAAGACAUCUUAAAAAGGAAAAGAGACAAAAAUGUCAGUGUUACGUCCCUGAAUGUUAGCGUAGGAGUAUGAGAGGGACGUAAGCAAAAAAACUACUUUAAUGAUUCCCCGAGACCCUGACAAGCACUGUUGGCUUUCUGACUCCAGUGACCACCAAGACACAGUUAGCAAAAAUGUCCUAAUUUAUUUACAAUAUAUACGGUAUAUACUGUACAUAUAUCUGACUGUGAAAAAAGAAAUGGAUGAAAACAAAAGUACCCUAUCUCAUGCUAUGCUAAAUACCAGAACAAAAAUACACAGAAUAGCAUUUCAUUCACGCCAUUUAGCGGACGCCAUUAUACAGAGAGACUUAGGUUUUUUUUUUAAACUGAAGGGUUAAGGGUCUUGCUCAGGGGACCAGCAGCAGCACCUUGGUGGAUCUGAGAUUUGAUCUCACAACCCUCUGAUUAGUGAGCCAACACCUUAAAUACUAGGCUACCACAUCCCUACAGGAUGGCACAUCCUCCUUACCUAAUGAGCUAAACAGCAUCAAAUCUCUAUGUGAGUGUAUUACGUACGUCAUAUGACGUGACGUGCUAUACUGUCCGCACUGUCUCCGGUCCAGUGUAGCAUCAGCUACAGGUUGUCGUUGUUGGAUUAGAAAAAGGAACAAAAAACUACGUCACUAGUAAAACAGGGGCAGAACAGCGUAGCACAAAAGAGAAAACAUGUAGCACAUGGGCACAGAGAUUAACACCGGAAAUCAAUUAAAUGAUUGGCGCCAACCAAACAUCCCAACCAUACGCCAUUCUUCCGCUUCUGGGUCUCCAGGCGGUCUUUAUAUCCCACUCUCCAGAAGGGAUUGGUUGUGGCUGUCGAUCUCCCGCAGACUGACAACUCAAAUGACCACUGGGGAGAAACAAACCAAUAGCCCCCCCCCCCAAAUCUUUUUUACAGCAAUGCCCAGGCAUGUAACAGACAGGAAAAUAAACAUUUUCCUCAGAUGUGUGGGUCGAUUCCCAAAAAAUGACACCACAGAUUACAAAUAAAACCGUAAUAACUCUUAGCAUCAGCAGCUAAAACAGACAAUAUAAAGACAAAGUGAGAGUGGAAACAAAUCAUAACUGCCCAGAACCUUUCAUGAUAGAGGAAACAAAAAACAAAUAUUAGGAAUAGGAAAUUGUACGGAAUAUAAACAUUUUCCUCAGAUGUGCUGGCGAAUUACAAAGAAAAACACUCUGAAGAUUAAAUAAAAUCCUAAUAACAUUUAGCAUUAGCUGCUAAUUUAACUUCCCUGGGAUCUGCUCUAUUAAGAAACCUCAACAAGUCAGAGAUCCUGUAAAUUAUGAUUCACACACUCGUUACUAACAAAAAAAAGUGCUGUUUAAGUGAAAUCUUCUCGUAAACAUGUUGAACACAUGACCGUAUAUGGAUGUAGUAAACUAGUUUCUCCACAGCGAGACACUUUUUUUUUUUUUUUUUUGCCUUUACACGACUGUGGUGCUUCGCCCAUUUAACACUCUGUUCUGAGCAGAGAAUUUGCACUUUCUUGUCAUUUUAAAUGAUUAUAUCAUUUGUUCUGUGGUGGCUUUACGUCGUGGUUCUUUUCUGUGUUUGUGUGUGUGUGUGUGUGUGUGUGUGUGUGUGUGUGUGUGUGUGUGUAUGUGAGAAUGUGCAUAAAGCAUAAUGCAGAUUCUCUCCUUCCCUCCUUUAACGAGCCCAAACUCAACUUUAUGACUCUCAACAGCGUUCGUUUGUUUUAGUCAGCAAAAUUCUCUCGCUUCCUUCAGCGAAGUGGCCUUGAUUAAGUUAAAGAGUGCGUAAAAGGAGUUAAAGGAGGUUGGUUUUAUAAAUUGCAAUGCACAUACUUGCAACGUUUACUGUCUGUGCUGACGGGGCCGAGCCUGGCUUGUGUUACACACAUGGUGCUGAUUAAGAGAUUUUUGAGCGCGAGAGACAAAGAGGAAGAGAGUUAGAGAGAGAAGAGAAGAGAGGGAAAGCGAGGAUGGGGGGAAGGGGGAUUCUUUAUCCGUGCAGCAUUUCCUUCUCUUGCUCUGAGUUCCAUCGAUUUUUUUGCCAAAUAGGAAAAGAGAGGAUGUGCCACUGAGGCGUGCUCGAACUGACACUAUGACCUACGUUAAAAUUUAUUACCGCUCUUUUUUACAAAUUUGUCAAAAAUCAUUUCUGGGGCAAAACAAAAGCCCUGAAUUCAGUCUUUCUGUGGGACUUUUUUCUGAGCCAGGUUUUAACCACAGGUUCCUCUCAGGACCUCUCCCUGGAGUCUGUUUAUGACAAUCUUGGCUUCAUGUCCAUUAGCUACUGCUGCGAUUACGGCUCACCAUCAGGCUCUUUGUUUUACUUUGCGACUUCAGCAAAAAAAAGGAAACCUGAUCCCUUUUUUAAAUCCUCAUCUCUCUCUCUCUCUCUCCCUCUCUCUCUCUCUCUCUCUCUCUCUCUCUCUUUCUCUCUCUUUCUCCCUCCCGCCCUCUCUCUCUCUCUCUUUCUCCCUCCCGCCCUCUCUCUCUCU